GACUGGGACUCAGGCGAUCCGGGUUCAAGUCCCCGCUCAGCCAUCCUGCUAACUGGGUGACUUUGGGCCAGUCACGGCCUCUCACCUCACAGGGUGGUGGUUGCGGGGACAGAAGGGAGUGGAAGAAAAUUCGUAAGCUGCCCUGGAUUCCUUGCUAAAGGAAGAAAGGUGAGAUAAAAUGCAGUGCCGUCAUCAAAAGAAGGCAUGUCAAGUCACAGUGCCCUAAAAGCACUGUUGGAGUUUUGUGCAGAUUAUAACUUUGAUGAAAAACAAGACAAAUCACAGCUUUUCUGUGUCUAUAUUACUUGAAAAUAAGAUUUUUUAAAAACAAAAAUCAACUUUAAAAUGGCGUUUUUAAACCUGUGAUGUUCUCUUGACCUCUAAUGCUUUGCAGUGAUGUUAAAGAAAAUUAGUCUUUUGUUGAAUAUGAAAAUAGACAAAAUGCUGUUUUCUUACCCACUGUGCGCUUUUCUCACAAGAAAUGGAUAGCAGCUUCUGGGUUUAGUAUCUGGUGGACAUAACAAUCAACUAAGAAAUAUAAGCAUCAUUUGAUGGGGUUACUUUGACCCCUUUUAGCUUCUCUGCUUGCUUUUUCACUUGUCUCUUCAAUCUUUCCAAUAGAACUGAUCACAAAAGCUGUGACAUGGAUGGUUCCCUGAGACGCUACAUAACAGUUCAGUCUUCAUCACAGAAUUGCUGAAGACUCAUUGCUGAGUGCCAACUAGAACCCACAUUUCCCUGGUCCCCAGUCCAAAACUAACCACAAUGCCACAUUGGAUCUAAUACAAACAACCUCAGUUUGCAACCUAGGACAUUUUAGUCCUCAGUGCACAAGAGUUGUAAUGAUCUGAUACUCGACAUUGCUCUAUAUAAACAUACAUUACAUAGUUUUUAGAAAACCUUUUGAGGAAGAAGAUAUAUGAACAUCUAGUCCAAAACAUUUGUUGGACUAGUCUGAAAGAAAAUAUUCUUAAUCCUAACCUUUUUCAAUUUUUUGGAAAAAAAUUAACAAGCAAAAGGCUUCAGAAAACAAUGAGAAAAAGUUGUUUUCCUGAACAUUUCCAGUUUUUCCUUUACAUCUAUAGGUUACAAGGCAAUCCUUAGGAAACUGGCUGAUGACCCAUUAUUGAACUGUUCUCUGCCUUCUCCUGCAUCUUGUUCUAAUAUGGUCUUUGAAUGAUGCCAUUCUGUGAAAGUUCCGAGAGAGCUGGUAGAGCUUCAUCUGAAAUUGAUGAGAAAGAUCGGAAAGUCUGUCACAGCAGACCGAUGGGAAAAAUACUUGAUCAAGAUGUGUCAAGAAUUCAACAGCACCUGGGCAUGGGAAAUGGAGAAAAAAGGAUACCUUAAAAUGAGCAUUGAGUGCAAGUUGGGAAUAUUGAAGUACCUUUGUGAAUGCCAGUUUGAUGACAAUCUAAAAUUUAAGAACAUCAUUAAUGAGGAAGAUGCGGAUGCCAUGCGCCUUCAGCCAAUUGGCAGAGACAAAGAUGGCCUGACAUACUGGUACCAGCUGGACCAAGAGCAUAAUGUUAGGAUGUAUGUGGAAGAACAGGAUGAUCAGGAUGGGACGUCUUGGAAGUGCAUUGUCAGAAGUCGAAAUGAGCUGGCUGAAACGCUUGAACUCCUGAAAGCACAAAUCGAUCCUGCACUAUUGAAAAAGCAGCAACAGGAUAACUCCUCACGAGAGAGCCCGAGUAUUGAAGAUGAAGAGGUUAAAAAGAGGGAAGAAACGGCAGGCCAAGAAAGUGAAUUGAAGGUAGAAGAGUUGAAAGAGGAGAAGCCAAAGCAAUUGGAAAGCCUCCCACUGCCUCCUAUACCAGAAGAGGAAAACAAGAUAAAAUCAGAAAAAGUGGAGGAGAGAGAAAUCAUUAAACUGCCAGUUAUUGUAAAGCUAGAAAAACCUUUGGAAAACAAUGGGGAAACACAUACCAAAGAAGAAAAUGACUCUUUUAAAGAAAAUGUCAAGCCUGUUAAAGCUGAAGUGAAGGAGAAUAAGCUGGAGCCAAAAGACUUGAAAGAUGUAAAUAGCAACACAGAAAAAACUCUGCAUGAGCCGGAGAGGAUAGAGUUCUGUGUCAAAACUCCCCAGGAAGUCGUGGAGAGAACUGCAGAAGAAAGUGAGAAACUUAAAAACGACCAGCAGGCCAAGAUUCCACUGAAAAAGCGAGAGAUUAAAAUGACUGAUGAUUAUGACAGCCCAUUAAAAGGACCCUUGCGCAAAUGCAUUACACCGACGAAGGAUGUUUUGAAGGAGGAAGGGAAACAAGAAGAGGAGAUGUUUAAGAGAGUUCCUACAAUUACUGAUGGGAAAUUCCUUGUGAAUGGGGAGGUUAGCAGUGAGAAAAUCAUGCCAAAUAACAAGUUAGAACAUUCCUCCAGCUCAAAGGAAGACCACUCUGUGCUGGCCAAGGAGAAAAAUGGCACGAGUGGGGAGAAAACCCUGGAGACAGUCAGUAUGAUCGUACGGACAAGUGAUGUUGAGAGAAAUAUUUUGCAUACAGGGAAGGAGGUAGCAGCUGCAAUAGCUGAAGUUUCUCAUCAGAAAGUGCCUUUAAAGGAAGAAACUGGUUCUAACAGAAAGGAAGCCCUCCCAGAAAGUAACAGUUCAGAGGCCAUGGCAGAGGCACCUUCAAAACCCAGUGAGUGUGUCAUGAAGACUGAAGAACCUGUUAAAGCAAAAGGUAGCCUGUCCUCACCCAAAGAAUGUCUGGAUAAAUCCUUUACAUCUUCUUCUCCAAAGGACUCGGUUACUCCAUCAGACGACAUGGAUUUGAAAAAUCAAAGCCAGCCAGAGGAGAAAGCAGAUUUGCCCAGAGUAGCUGCUACUCUGCCACCUGCCUCAGCCCUUCUUCCUGAGAAACCUGUGACUGAGAAAGAGGACUCUGACCCUAAAGGCACACUCCCUGAUAAAAGCAAGGUGAACGAGGAGCAGAAUUCUAAGCUGCAAAAAGAGUCACAAGCUGAAGAGAGGGAGACUCCAAAAUCAGGCAGUGCCCCAAGUUCUGUGGAGGAGCCUCCAGAGAGCAGAAAAGACCCUGUAAAAAGCAAGUGUAAAUAUAAGUUGAUUUCUGAAGAAGAAAGUUCUCUAACUGAGAACAGGGAAAUAACCUCUGAGAGGCAGAAAGAGGGAAUUAAGCUCACAAUCAGAAUCUCGAGUCGGAAGAAAACCGAUCCUCCUCUGAAGACUCAGACUGCAGGAGCUGAAAAGGAGGAGGUGGUCAGCGUUGGCCGUAUUUUAAGGAGGUCUCCCCGGAUAUCUAAGCCUACUCCCAAGAUCGUGGAGACCCGGGACCAGAAACCCGAGAAAAAGCGGAACGAGGAAGAGGAAGAGAAACCAGCUCCAGUGCAAAAGCAGGACAAGAAGGACGACUCAAAAAAGCAAGAGAAAGAGAUGAAUUCUAAGGCCAGCAAGGCUUCGCAGCGAAGUAAAGUUCGAUGGGCUGGUACUAGGACUCGAGGCAGGUGGAGGUACUCAAGCAACGAUGAGAGUGAGGGCUCAGAAAGUGGAGAAGGCUCCGAGGAAGAGGAAGAAGAGGAGCAGGAGGAGGAGGAGGAGGAGGAAGAACCUGCACCUGCUGACGAUGAUGAGCCAUGCAAGAAGUGUGGCCUCCCUAACCACCCAGAGCUAAUUCUCCUGUGUGAUUCCUGCGACAGCGGCUACCACACGGCAUGCCUUCGGCCCCCGCUGAUGAUCAUUCCUGACGGGGAGUGGUACUGCCCACCUUGCCAACACAAAUUACUCUGCGAGAAGUUAGAAGAACAGCUGCAGGACCUGGAUGUCAUCUUGAAAAAGAAAGAACGUGCAGAACGAAGGAAGGAACGCCUUGUGUACGUGGGUAUUAGCAUUGAGAACAUCAUUCCUCCACGGGAGCCUGAAAUACCUGAAGGGGUGGAUGAAAAGAAGAAAGAUUCCAAAAAAUCAAAGGCAAAGCUGCUUGAAAGGAGAUCAACCAGGCAACGGAAGUGCAUCAGCUACAGAUUUGAUGAGUUUGACGAAGCCAUUGAUGAAGCAAUAGAAGAUGACAUCAAGGAGGCUGAUGGAGGAGGUGGUGGAAGAGGGAAAGAUAUGGCUAACAUCACAGGGCAUCGAGGCAAGGAUAUUUCCACCAUCCUGGAGGAAGAAAGGAAGGAGAGCAAGAGGCCUCCAAGGGCUGCGGCAGUUCGUCGCAAGAAACGGCGGCGACUGAACGACCUGGACAGUGACAGCAACCUGGAUGAGGAAGAGAGCGAGGACGAGUUCAGGAUCAGUGACGGGUCUCAGGAUGAGUUUAUUGUCUCCGACGACAACCUGGAUGAAAGUGAAGAGGAUCAGCAAUCAAAUGACAGCGAUACGGAGUUUUCCAGGCGUAGGCCCCGGAGACAUCAUUCUCGGCCAAUGAGGCAGAGCCGACGGCUUCGGAGGAAAACAGUCAAGAAAAGAUACUCAGAAGAUGAUGAAGAGGAGGAGUCUGAAGAUAACGUAACUGGUGACUCCGAAAGUGAUGCUUCUUCAGAUUUCAGUGAUGAGGAUUACCUGGAAACCAGGCGGAGAAGAUCUCGGCGGAAUCAGAAGAGACAAGUCAACUAUAAGGAAGAUUCUGAAAGUGAGGGCUCUCAGAAAAGCUUCCGAUAUGGAAAGGAGCUGAGAAGAGUUCAUAAGCGCAGGCUAUCCAGUUCAGACAGUGAAGAAAGCUACUCGGCUAAGACUUCUGAAGAUGAGAAAGACGCCAAGGUGUCGAAGAGGUCACUUCGGAAACGCAGUCACAGCAUGGAUGCCGAGUACUCAGAAGUGGAAGAUGGGGAUGGGGAAGAGCGGCCCAUCCGGAAGCGUCUGAAUCGGAUCGAAACAGACGAGGAAGACAACUGCGGCAAUGCCAACAAUGAUGCCAGCCAGUCCUCGCCUGCCAGCAAGCCCUCGGCACCCCACGUCCCGCAGGACAUCCCCAAAAAGUCCUGCUAUCGGAUAGAAAGUGAUGACGAAGAUGACUUUGAUAACGUGGGGAAGGUGGAAAGCCCGUUGGACUACAGCCUGGUGGAUUUGCCAUCCACCAAUGGACAGAGUCCUGGCAAGACUAUUGAGAACUUGAUUGGCAAGCCCAGUGAGAAGACUCCCGCCCCCAAGGACAGCACAGCCAAUGCCAGCUUGGCGCCCAAUGGGACAAGUGCUGCCCAGGAGGCAGUAGGGCCAGAGGAAGAUGAGGACGAACUCUUGCGAGUGACUGACCUUGUUGAUUACGUCUGUAACAGUGAACAGUUAUAAGACUUCCAUUUUUGUGCUAAUUUAUUCCACGGUAGCUCAUACCAACGGGCCAGUUAUUAAAAGGUGUUUUAUUUUUCCUAGAAAACUCUCCACUACAGUAUCACUUUUUAGCAAUCAGAUUUUCACCAGUCCUGCAGUUUUGAGUAUUUUUUCUCUCUCUCCCUGUCCCCCGCCCCCAUGAAGUGACCAGGUUUUUUGGGAACUCUUUUUUGAAGAUAAUUACAAUACAUUUUCUGCCCUGAUUCCCCUUCCAGGCCUCCCCUGCUUCACCCAGUUCUACAACCUCAUCCACAUGCAGACCUUGUAGUAAAUGAGAGAUUUGUAUAUUUUUGACUUUAUAUUUCCUGAAUAUACACAAAUUUGUUGGGGCGGCGGGUGGGCGGUUCAAAGAAAGCAUUCCAAGUUUGUCCGGACCCAAAAUCUGAAUGGGGAGGCGGGUGGGGCAAGUGUGGGAAGGGGUACAGAAGCACUUGUGCUCCAACUUUUCAUAGGAGGUAUAUAUUAUAUUUAAAUGUUCACAACUUAGAUUACAAUUUAACUUACAAUUUUAAGAAAAAAUCUUUAAUGUUGCAUUUUGUGACUUGUAGGUUAACUUACCAUAGUUCAUUUUAGUAAUCACCUUCCUGAAAUGCAGCCUUGAUUGACUUUGAGGAUAAAGGUGAAGGAAAUAUCUGGAUGGAAGAAAAGCUCUUGCACCAUCUUUUGACUCACAGUUCCCCCAAUAAACAUCUUUUAAAGUGUUUUGUACAGUAAGAAGUGUAAACUAUAAUGAGCUUUUGACAAUUUGAAACCAUGCUGGCAGUGAGUUCAUAACAAGGCUCUUCCUUUAAUAUGUUCGUUUAUCUGAUGGGCUUCAUGUACCCUCUUGGGAGGAAAUACACUUUUGGCUGUGAAAAGGCCAGGAUUUGCAGCAAACCUCUUUCAAGAGAUGUUAGAGAUGUCUGUGAAGAGAUAAGUAGCCACUUUUAAAACCCUUUCUGCGCUCUUAGUAUUUACUUCAAAUUGAAGUAUGCAAAUGGAGCUUUGUUUUUCCUUCUGGGAGGUUUUCUGUUUCAGGAAGAGUGUGUUUGUGUGUGUGCGUGUGUGCGCGCGCACGCAUACAUGCGCACACAUGAAUGAGAGAUUAAUUUUACUUAAUCAGUCUGGAUAUUCUAGCAGAUUUUAACAGUGGUUGCUGGCCUGUAGGCCCCUUCACAUUUUUAAUGUGCGUUUUAAUAAUUGUCACUUGACCAACAGAUUUCUAAAACGGGACAUUUCCAGGAGGGAAAGCACAUGAUCCCGCUCUUUAAAAUGGGCAGUAAGACCCUGUGUCUCCAUACACGUGCUCCGCCCCAAAGUCGAUUCUCUGCCCCGUAAUGAGCAGUCAAACUUCGUGUCUUGCUCCCUUUCUUGCCUUCUUUCUUCUUUAAAAUAGGUUGCUGUUUCCGUUCCUUUUUUGUAUGUGUCUACACAGCAUAAACACAUGGAUGAUUGGAGGCCUAGUCUAUGAAGCUUUGGAAUCUGAUCCGAUUCUCUCUCGCUCCCUCUCCCUCACCCCCUUCUUUUUUAAUGCCGGCUUUUGGACUUUCCCUGGCGCCUGGUCCAUUGCAGGCAAUGGCUUCACCAGGUUGGCAUUGAAGUGAGAACUCCCCCUUCCCUUGCCCCCCCACCUUAGCCCCAAAACCCCCUGGCAUCCCCCCCCCCCCCCCGCUGGUCUGUUGCUGAGCACUUCUGAUUUUCAUUGUGAUUUCAAAGCUGGCAAAAUGCCUCACAGUCUUGGAUUCCCCAAAUCUUUCUGGCCGGAAAGCCUUCAUUUCUUCCCCUUUUCUGGUUUUCACCCUCUGUAGAGCAAUGUAGGGGCCACUGAAGGAAUCGUAUUUUCUGUGUUCUAGCAAUGUUUAUAUCCUCCACCUCUUCAAAUGGCAAGACCUCAGACCUUAAAAUAAGGUCUGCUUCCUGGACAGCUUUUUUGGGGGGUUGUUUUUUUGGGGGUUGUCAACAAAGCAAACUCCCUGGUUAUAUUCUGUCACUUUUUAGCAGGAAUCUAUUACAAUAAUACAGUGAAAAAGCUGCAGAUAUGCGGACAUUAUUCUUUAAAAACGAUACUUUGCUUUUCCCUUUGAGCAAUGCCACACAUUUUCUCUCCCUCUGUUUGCAUGAGAGCAGGUCACGUGGCCGCUUGACUGAUGCAAGCACCUCUUUUUUGCAUUAUUUCGUUUGUGGAAGAUGUGUCGGUGCUUGAAAUUGUAGGCCUUCCAGAGUGGGAGAAGCUCUGUUCUGUAGUACUCACUGCAUGGUUCUAUAGCUCUUUCAUAGCCCAGUUGCAUCUCCAGGACCUUCGUUCACCAUUGGCUUUUAUGGCUCUCCAGAUUGGUGGGUGUUGGUCCCGUGCAAUGAGCAUUUGUGCCUCGGAGGUCACUUCUGAGUGUGUUGAGUAGUUUGGGUUGCUCAAAUUAAGCAAGUUAGCUUAAAACCACUUUUAAAUGGACUUGUCCUGAUUUUGCCUGAGGGACUCGGGGAAACUUGUGUUUGAGAGAACUGCUCAGAAUUCCCUUUGAAACCCCUCAUCUUGCCUUCCCCAACCUGGUGCUCUGCAGAUGUCUUGGAAUAUAACUCGGUGCUGGCUGAACAAUUCUGGGAGUUGGAAUCCAAUGCAUUUGGAGGGCAUUGUGAUGUUUGGGAUGGACAGUGCCCCAGCUUGCCAAAUAAAUAUUGCCUGGAGGCCAUGAUUGGUCUACGUUUGUGGCAUAUAUGUACCUGAAUCUUGUGAUAGGUGGAAGUAGUUGGAAUCACACCACUGGGGAAUGGUGAGAAAGGGGAAGGCUUCUCGAAUAGGACCGUGCUGACAGAAAUGGACGCAAGCUGCAUAGGAGUGGUUGAUAACUAUGCCCUGCUUGCAUACUGGUCUUUUUGUGCAAAGACGUUUUGGUGGAGUCAUUAGAAAUGGACUGCUGUUAGUUUGUUUCUGUUCAUUUUAGAAAACCAUCAUAGCAUAAGAUGCUGGGUCUAAGAUGAGUCCUUGCGUGGUCUUAUUUCCUAUUUCCUCCGGUGGAAAUUGAGACAGAUUCAAAUAUGGCUUCUUGGUGAAACCGAACAUGGGUUAGCACUCCAGGAUCUCCCUUCUCUUUCCAUUUGGGAAACUGUGUUUGCGAGAUAUGAUCUGAUAGAGCAUGAUUCUCUGGAAUGUCCUUCCUUUCUUAACCUCCAGCCCAGGUUCACAGUUUGUUUGUGGUGGGAAGAGUGGAAAUGGGAACUCUCGACUCUGUUGAUUAUUUGGAAACUACUCUCUGUUUGCACUCUCCCUCUUCCUUGGUGGUCUUCUCUAAUUGCACUGUCACUCCCAAAGGUGAGGUUGUAUAUUAUCCCACAUCACUGGAUACCUUCAGAGCACAACUUGCUCUUUAUUUUGAGGAGAUGCUCUUUUGAUUCAAGUUGUACUCUUGGAUUUAGUGGCCCUUUUGAGCAUCUUAAGGUAAGCAAUAAAUUGGUUAUUGAAUGCUGCCACAUUGGACCUGGGUUGAAAUGUUUUAAACAAGAUGGCAGCAGCAUAGUUUGAAUAGAAAGAAUAGCAAAACCAAAUCACAAGGGGAAAUUAGCCAGAAAGCAGUACUUCAUAAACUGAGUUUGCUCUGCAGCAUCAUGAGUGUAAUAAUAGUUCUGGGCAGAGAUAUCUGUGCAAUUCUCUUUUGUAGGUAGGUACAAUGCAAUAGCCAUUGGAAUUUCAGGACAGUAUGGCAAGGUAAAUAUUUUUAGGAUAUUAUAAUAGUGAAUGGCUGCAGGAUGAGAUUUUGUAAGAAGUUAGGUGAGGUAUAAUUACAAAAUUUUGGCACAAUGGCCUCCCUAACAGUCAUUGAUUUUGUGACCAUCGGCGGUUGAAGAUGUCUAGAGUCUCACUCUCUUCAUACGGACAACCAAACCAUAACCCUGUUAAUAUAGUGUCUGUUCACCUUUCCAGAUCUUUUUUUUCCAAACUUUGAUUUGUAUUCUUUUAAUGAAUCAUUCAUAUAGUGAUGUUCAGAGGAAGAUUACUAAUUCUUGCAAGUCAGAACCCACUGUUGUUCUUUAGGAUGGAACAUGGAACACUAUUCAUCUAUCUUACUAAUGCGUUUAGAAAUGGUUCCAUUCAACUUGAACUUAGAAAAAAUCAUCCUUUUACCUUCUCCCCAAGCUGAUUAUCAAAAGCAUUUCCCCACAAAUAAAUUUACUUUGGUAACCAGAAUAUAUAUGGACUACACCAUGUAUGCUUACUUGGAAGUAAGUCCAUGGUGUUCUGUCAAACUUACUUUCCAUACCAAGAUGCACAGAAUUAUUUUUAUUGGUCCAAUUUUUGCUUUAAGAUUUGUUUCAUUUCCUUGCUUAGAAAAUCACAAGGGAAAAAUAGUAAUGUUCGCCUAAUGCUGUUUGAAAGGGUUUCCAGCUGUACAAUAACUCAGUUUGUAUCUGUCUCCAGUCAAGCAGACGAGUGUUUAGAAACCAGAGUGCAAAGAUGUGUGCAAAGCUCUCAGAGAUGCCAUAGUGUACACGCACAAUUGUUGCUUUCUUAGUUCUGCUCAUCACUUCCAUCAUAUACCUGGAGUAGGUUUUGAUGGCCUGCUUUAAAAGACUGCCUUUUUGUCAGCUUGGAGGGUUGUUUCCCCAUCGUUGGUGCAUGGACCUCUCCACAGUAAAGUGUACCGCUGCACAGAUGUGAAGGGAUGCCCAGUGCAACACAACCAAGGUGGUCCUUUCCACACUGCUUUGUCUGUCUCCCCAUGCCUUCCAUUCCUUCUCCUUAAGUAGGUUGAGCUUGUAAUGCCACACUGGUAGCCUUCCCACAAAAAAGAGUAACUGUAGGAGCCAGUCGGAGUGUUUGCUGUAUCACAUGUGCACAUGCUGUGUAAACUACAGAGCCACAGCCCCUCUCAGUGUGGCAGAGUCGCAAGACUUCCUUUUUGCAGUACUAAAAGGAAGCACGGUGGGUGGGUGCAGUAAAGAGGUCCAGGGGCAAAAGGGAGGAGCGGCUUUCAAGGCCAGGCAGAUUGGCUCUGCUGGGAGCCCUUUUUCAUUUCCCUUGUUUGUAUCAGGGACCACAGAAGGCUGCCAUAUUCAUUGACCAGGGUUACAGAAGGCCCUAGCCAUCUUGUAGAAGAAAAUACCUUCUGUACCUUGUAAAAAUGACAGAACGUUCUAUCUGUAUCGUGCAGAUUUUAACAUGGAGUGUGCAUGCACAGAAAUCUAUGCAGAAAUGCUGCUGAGAAUUAUAAUGCAGGAUUAAAGGAUGCUUUGGCCGGAUGAGAGAGGGCAGCAAGGAUGCCGUCUUGAUUGAACUGAAGCCCAUGGUUCAGAUUUUAAAUAGGUGCCCAAGCCCCGGCCGGCUAUGGCUUGCAAGCAUGAGUCACGCUGUAAUAUUUCCCCACAGAGAGUAUUUCCUGUCUCCUUGAACUGGGCCCCAUAACCUGCAAUCUGGGAUUUGCAAGUAACCCCAUGUAUCUGAGGGUGCAGUUGUAUGCUUGUAGGUCUUGUGAUCUUCAUGGAGGCAUAUUAGAAACUCAAUCAUAUAUACAGUGUGUAUUUCAAGGUAAAGAUAACUCAUCUCCAGUAGACCUCAGUGAGAUUUCAAGGCUUAUCCAGAAUUAUUUAACUCAACCUAGAAAACAAAUAGAGUGCCCUUACCUUUUAGCUUUAUAUCUUCUUUUACAGCGAAAGGCAGCUGGCAUGCCAUGGCUAAUAGGAAGUGAUCAGCAUUAAAUUGGUCAUAUUUUAAAUGUUCAUUGGAGGAAGUGUCCAGAAUGUAUCACGACGGUAGGCCAUUCCAGAAGUUAUGCAGAGCAAAGUGGUAAAAUUCUGGACUGCACAAUUCCAGGCUUCAGAUGAGUAGAAUGAAUAAUUUUAAGCCUUCCCUGCACAAAAUCUUUUCUGUUAUAAAGUUAUCUGUGCUAAAGCUUUCUCCCUGAAGUGCUUGCUCAAUAUACAGAGGAUGAGUUCCUUUCGCAUGAAAAAGCAUUUAAAACAGUUUUGUGUGGUCCAAAGUGGUAUCACCUGGAAUCCUGCAACUCCUUCUGUAUAGGACAUACGUAGGCUUCUUCCACGACACCUGUCAGUUUGAGAAUCAUUUCAAGUAUCUUUCUUCCCUGGAAGGCAUACAAUCUUCCUGACAAUUGUAUGCCUUUAAUAAAAAGUCACUAUAAAAAGUCGUAAGAGAAGGAACCCUUUUAUUUCCCUCCGGCUUUAAAAUGUUUGGGCAGUAUUCUUCCUUGGCUUGAUUGUGCUCAGUGUGAAAACGGAAGCAGCUGCCUGCAAAGGAGUUUAGAAUGACAGCGUGCUUCAUCAAGUGCAUACAAUUGAGAUGGGGCUAUAGGGAGAAAUUAAGGGAUUGGAUUUCUGCAAUAUUGCAUGUAGAUUAAAGGCUUAAAAUAUAAUUUAAAAAGAAAAAAAAACAGUAACAACCCAUUUUUAGCUGCUGCUUGGUUCAUGGGCUCCAGACUAGCAAUUCAAGAGGAAUCUAGAUAGAAGAGUGAGGUAGAAGGGCUUGUUCUGAAUUAUUUGUGGAAGUCUGCCUCAAUCAAAUGGCCACCACUCUUGCGCCCCUGGUCCUAGGGUGAGUGGGCUUUGUUCAUACGUCAUGGUUGUGUGAUGCUGAGUCUUUUGAGUCACUGCUGUCUCACACUUUGCUAGCCAAGCUGUUCUUCCCAAAUUAAAAGUUGGUCUUAUCUCUAUUACACUUGGGUGUCUGUACAGAGGCAGUCGGACCCUUUUCCUCCUCAUUCCCAGGCUGUGCUUAACCUUUACCCUGGCACAAGCAAGGGAUAUUACCCUCGUUUCCCAAGCUUGUCUGUGCUCCUGUCCCAUUCUUCCCUCUCUCCUCGGAAUUUCAGGUUCCAUGCCUCCAAUUUUCCUGAAGCUGCGUGUCCCGUCUCUGCUCACUCCACAUUCAGUCAGCCAGGGAGAAGUUUUGUUUAAAUUAGCCGAUGUUGGUUCUGUGCACAGAAGGAGGAGAGAAGCCUGUGGUACUUGUGUGGGUGCUCCAGAGACCUCGGCAAUGGUGGCAGCUGCAAGAAGGAAACCCAACAGGGAACAAAGGCGGAUGGGCCUAAGGGUUGAGAGUAGGCUGCAGCCCAGCCGUUGCGUGUGCUGGGUUCCAAGUGAGGCAGCUCACACGGCUGUACUCGGUGUUAGUCUUACUUAGAGUAGACUCAUUUCAAUGAAUGGGAUUGGAGUUCGACGAAUGUUUGGAUGCAACUCACAAAAGUCUACACCACGAGAUGGAUUCUGCCCUGGAGUGUGGAUUCUGUUGUGCCGUGUGUGCGUGUGUGUGGACAUGUCUGUCUGUGGUAGGCACUUGAUAGCACUUUUCUGUGUACUUAGUUUCACUGUUUUGCUUUGCAUCUCUCCUUAGCUGCGUCUAGCCCAGUGCAACUUAGGUUGUGGCAAGCCUAAAACGGGAUUGGUACACUUUGGUAGAUUAACGUCACUACCAAAUUUCCCCAAAUGAAUAAUGCGUGUUCCACUGAAAAACGCAAGAGGCUUUAGCUGUUGACUUGCCAUUUAUCAGUGAGAAGCACUUCUUGAAUAUGAUUGUCCUGAUGUUUGACAUGAGUGCAGUGGGAAUGUUCUGCCUUUUUCAGUUUCCCAUUUCUGACUAAAUGUAGGCUCUAUGAAUCUACUCGCAUCUUAGCAUAACGUGAAUUAAAAUGCUAUUUGGGUCUGUAACAUAUUAAGAAGCACAUCACUUGGGGAGAAGGAGUGGCCUCUAAGCCUUUUGCCAGUUCCACAGUUCAGUUCCACAGCAGGUCUCUAAAACUUUCCAGAGGUCCCCACAGGUUGAAGAUGGCUGGUUGCAUGAUGAGAUGGUUUUGGUCUACCACUGGCUUUCUCCAUUGUCCAGGAAGUCUUUUACAGAUGUCAGCCAGGUGAACCUUCAUCUUUGCUAUGAAACACAAGUAGUGGGAGGUAGAUCAGGUGGUUGAACCGCCUGUGUUUGUGUUCAGUGAGGCCUUGACAUGUAGCGGCACUUGAUGGUUUGCACCUCCGGUUUUGUUUCCCAUGCUUACUGUGCCCAGCCCUUUCCUCAGUUCUGGGGGCAGGCGCACCCGCCCCACUCCACUUGCACCCUUCGGUGCGGGCACUUCUCUCGUGCAGUGGGAGAGGCCGUUUGCUGAGCCCCUUCCUCCCUGGUCUUUUCGGGAGCACACGUCACGCCAGGAAGGCCCACCACAAACGGUCCACGAUGGGCAUGAUGUUGUAGCUCGUGGGCCUUCCUUGCAACUCUUUGAUGCGCAUACCUUGAACUAGCCGGGCAAGGUAGUUGCUCUCCCUUAAAAUUGGAGCUCUUUGUGACCUUCACAAAGGUUGGUUCCAGGAUCCCUCUUCUUUUGCUGGUGCAGCAUCUCGGUGCUCGACUCGUGGAUUCCGUGCGCAGUCUGCCAAGAGCCCUGUCCAAAGUUUCCAUCACUCAGCAGUGCACCAAUGGCCUUUGGGAGCAAGGGAGCCACGUGGGCACCUCUGCCAGAGCAUCGCCGUGCAGGCAAGGCCCCUGGGUGAGCACACGGCUGCUCUUUGCACCUUUAAUUGGCUUUCUUAGUCGAUUUGCUCUCUGGGAAAGCAGUACGAUGGGGAAGUUUCUGAAAAAUGUUGAUCAGGCACUCUUAAAAACCCUUGUACGACAGGUGUCCUGAACCCUGCUUUGAACAAACAAAAAACCCAUGGGUUGGCUACAGCUGGGAGGGAUGGGGCUCUCUGGAUUUUUUGCGCUGUGUGUACUUUUAAGAACAAGCAUAGCCAGUCACUGUAGAAAGUGAUGUCUCUUUAGUUGGAGUGGGCAGACUAGGAAGCGGAUGUGUACUUUCCAAUUAGAGUACUUGCUGCAGACUCUGCACUACAGGAGCGAGGUGUACACAUUAUUACUGCGUGUGGAGCUCCUCUUCAUGUUGAUGUUUCGUUUUUUAAGUAUUGCAUAAAGUGGCCAUUUGGAGGGAGGGAGAACACUUUGGGGAGAGAACUGGAAGUGUCUUCAUUGUUGUACAUAAAUUUUGGGUUGCUUUAUCACUUUUCUCUUUGUUUCCUCCCACACACACCAGUAAACUUACUUGCAUGGGAAAAAAUGACUUGAAACAGAGAGUCCCAGCGCCCUCGGCACUCAAAGUGGUUAACUGCAGUUGACUAACAGCUGGUGUUUUUAGCUUUGCAGUACAUGACUGUUUAAAUACUGUAUUCCUUGUAAAUGAAGUUUAAAAAAAAUGUUACGGCUGGUGCCAAUAUUUUUGUUAAUGAAAUGUUCAAUGUCGUCUCACUACGGUCUGGUCAGAGCUCUUUGUGUAUAAGCUGGGCCUGCAGCCUUUUUAUAGCUUGGAGGCCUAAUUGUGUAACUUUUUUUCUUUCAUAAUGUUUUUUGUUUAUAAUAUCUACUGUCAUUUCUUUCAUAUAAAUAUGACAUGUAAAUUGUCAUAAUAAAAAACCCAUUUAAAUAA